CGCUAUUCCUAUUGAUGGCCUUGUCACUCACAAUCAAGUAUUGAGGUGGUGGAUUGCCCUCCCUCGCUGUAAAAGCAGGCGAGACUGUAUAAAUUACACUGUAAAGUCUGGAGAAUAAUGAGAGUUUGAGAAGAAGUUAUAUAGUUGGCUAGAAUUUACGGCUUUGUCGAGCAAGUUUCUUCUCGGUUGUAUAACUGGCUGCUACGUUCAAGCAAGUCUGGCAUAUUGUCUCAACAGAUAGAGAAGAAAAUAGUGGUAAAGAAAAUGGCGAGUGGUAGCAAAGCUCGUGUUUACGCCGAGGUGAAUACACACAGACCAAGAGAGUAUUGGGACUAUGAGGCUCAUGUUAUCGAAUGGGGACAACAAGAUAACUACCAACUUGUUCGCAAACUUGGAAGAGGCAAAUAUAGUGAGGUGUUUGAGGGUAUAAAUGUUGUUAACAACGAAAAAACUGUCAUCAAGAUUUUAAAGCCUGUUAAAAAGAAGAAGAUCAAGAGAGAAAUAAAAAUACUUGAAAAUUUGCGUGGAGGACCAAACAUCAUCACACUACUUGAUGUUGUGAAAGAUCCAGUGUCAAGAACUCCAGCGUUGAUUUUCGAGUAUGUCAACAACACAGAUUUCAAGCAACUUUAUCAAACUUUUACAGACUUCGACAUAAGGUUCUAUUUAUACGAGUUACUGAAGGCUCUUGAUUACUGUCACAGUAUGGGAAUCAUGCACCGAGAUGUAAAACCACACAAUGUAAUGAUCGAUCAUGAUCAGCGAAAGCUGCGGCUCAUCGACUGGGGUCUUGCAGAGUUCUACCAUCCCAAUCAAGAGUACAACGUCCGUGUUGCCUCGCGUUAUUUCAAGGGACCAGAGUUACUCGUAGAUUUCCAGGAGUAUGACUAUUCUUUGGAUUUGUGGAGCUUCGGAUGCAUGUUUGCAAGCAUGAUUUUCAGAAAGGAGCCAUUUUUUCAUGGUCACGAUAAUUAUGAUCAGCUGGUAAGGAUCGCCAAGGUGUUAGGCACAGAUGACCUGUUCGAUUAUCUUGAGAAAUAUCACAUCGAGCUCGACCCAAGAUUUAACGACAUACUUGGAAGGCAUUCGAAGAAGAGAUGGGAAAGGUUCAUUCACAGCGAGAAUCAACACUUGGUGAGCCCCGAGGCCAUUGACCUGAUUGACAAACUUCUCAAGUACGAUCAUGCGGAGAGGCUGACUGCAAGAGAAGCAAUGGAUCAACCGUAUUUCAUGCCUGUGGUGCGUCAAGAAUCCGCAAGGUCUGGAAGUGCAUCAGCGGCAUCUAACAAUGCAUCGAUAAGCAACGGCCCGUCACCAACUUUAUGAAUGGGUACAUUAAUCGAACGCUGUACAAAAAUCAGCUCACUUGUAAAGUUGUUUCCACAGGUGUCCGGCUUUCUUAAUGCAAAGUACGGACCUUAUUUGAACCGCCCAUGAUCAUUUCCAUCACUUUAACGUAUGUAGAUUUAAUUAUUACACUUGUAGGAAGCCA